GCGUAAUUGGUUCCCGGAGGCGCAUUUUUUUUUUUCUUUUUGCGCAGCUUUCCGUGUCUGUCUGCUACACCUGCCUGCCAAACCUCAGCGCAGAUGGGCGCGGCUGGGACCGAAGCCCGAUUCUCCUGUUUUGACUCGCCUGAGAAAGUUUAAGGGAAAGGCAGAAAAGGAGCGAGGAGGACUUUAAGAGCGCCCCACCGCUGCGCGUAAAAACGCUCCAACAAGCGCACGCAGUCAUCCAUCACCAGGAUUUGAUUGCUGUUGUUCAACUUGACCGAAGCAGAUAAGAUGGCAUGGACGGUUUAACCAGACAGAUGGACUACUCAGGAAGCAUAUCAUCUGAGAAGGUCGUGACAGAAACCAUCACUUCAACGACCUGCCUGACAUCUCUGCCACCGAAGGGAACCAGCGGAUCAAAUCACAGGAAUAUGUCCAGUGUUGGAGGGCUGGGCUUAGAGAAGAAUGUCUUAACCCAGAACAGCAGUGGAACUUAUUUCACAUCAUCCUCUGUAGGCGUGAAUACCAGCGGCUACAGCUCCUCCUCAGGUGUUUACCUUGGAGGAGGAGAUUCCUCAGGGGGAGGCGAUGGAUUGGGGAGCUAUGCAGAUGGAGAAGGGUUCGGAAGCGGAGGGGGCGGCAGUUAUUUCGUGAGCUCGGUGUCAAAGGUGAGAUCCAGCUCGUCGGGGGGCGGCAGGAGAACGCAGACCUCCGCUUCUUCAGGAGGCCUGUCGCCAGUUUUCCGAGACAGGAAGACCGUAUCCAGCCACUCGGGAGGUUACGACGGAAGUUCCAGCGCUAAUUCCUCUCCCGAAUUUACACGCAAAGAUUAUGGAAACUACUGCUCGGGCGUCACCAGGGGGAGAACUGAAAGCAGAGAGAGUGAAAUCAGAGCCAGAUUACAAAGUGCUUCUCCCACGGCCUCCAGAUGGACAGAGCUGGAUGACGUGAAGAAGCUCCUGAAGGGACGUUCCAACAGCGUCAGUCCCACCCGCUCCUCCAGCGCCUCCAUUACCCUGCCUGUCCCCAAAAAGGCCAGCGUGGAAUCCAAAACCAUCUCUGUGGCCUCUCAGUCAGUUUCAACUUCAUUUGGCAGUGGUGGUGUGAGAGGAGGAGACUUCAAUACCAUUGACAUCAUUGAUACAGCUGACCUGUUUGACACUGGUCUGAAAUCAGGGCAGUAUGAUAUCAGUUUAAAACCGGGCCAAUAUGAUACUGGAGUAAAAUCAGGCCAGUAUGAUAUCACAGUGAAAUCAGGCCAAUAUAAUACUGGAAUAAAAUCGGGCCAGUAUGAUAUAGGUCUGAAAUCAGGCCAAUAUGAUACUGGAGUAAAAUCGGGACAGUAUGACAUCACUAUAAAAUCAGGCCAAUAUGAUACUGGUGUAAAAUCAGGCUUGUAUGAUGCUGGAGUAAAAUCAGGACAGUAUGAUAUCGGUCUGACAUCGGGCCAAUAUGAUACUGGUGUGAAAUCAGGCCACUGUGAUGUUAGUCUCAAAUCAGGACAGUAUGACACCAGUGUAAAAUCAGGACAAUAUGACAUUACUGUAAAAUCUGACCAGUAUGACACUGGUGUGAGAUCAGGCCAGUAUGAUUCUGGAACCCUGGAUGCUGUACUUCCAUCUUUCACUUGGUCCACCUCCACUCUUCCCUCAUCCUCCUCCACCACCGUGUCCACCAGCAGUGGCACCUACACCUACCAGGUCAGCACCAACAACAUGUCGGGAGGAACCUUGCCGCUCACUCCCACUUCACCUUCUUCCUUGUCAGUCUACGGCUUUCAGAAUAAUCUGGCGCCCACUUCUGGCAGUGUGCUGACCACCAGUGGAGCCAACGUAAAUGCUAACCUUGGAGCAGUUAAUACAGGGUACGGGGUACAGAAGAACGUCUCAAACAGCGGCGGUGUUGUCAGCACUGGAGUCUCAGCAACUACUAAAACCCAAGCAGAUGAUGCUUAUAAGAAGGACUAUAAAUUCAUGCUGUCAGACAAAGAGAACGUUGGAACAAAGUAUGAGACAGAAAUGAUGAUUUUGUCUAAAGACAGCGGAAAGCAAUUCACCACCAGCAGCAGCAGUGGCGUACAUAUCGGAGGAGGGUCACUGUCUGGAGAUUCCAUAAAGAAAGAAAAGAUUUCAAGCUUCAUUGAGACAGCUCCAUUGAAAAUGGAGACCGCCAACUCUUACUAUGGAUCAUCUGGGGUUCUAAUGAAAGAUAAAGGCACCUACGCAGCGCUCCGCAGGGACAGCGACUUCUUCGGAGGUGGAGGAGCAGGAAUUUGUUGCUGUGGGAAGGACCCCUGUUGCUCCUGGUGGAAAUGGCUGUUGGGUCUUCUCCUGCUCUCCCUGCUUCUGUUGGGGCUCCUCUUUGGGCUUAUUGCACUGGCUGAAGACAUGCGGAAGCUGAAGAAUCGAGUGGCUACCUUGGAGGCCACGUCCUCAGCUCUCUCUGCUCAAACCAGUCGGCUGUCAACCAAUAACAUAAAUGUCAGUGGCGCUGGUACCUAUAUGGACAGCGGCGGUAACAGCCGCACUGAUAAUACUUUAUUUGUGGGUGCUGGUGGAGGUGCAGGUGCCAGUGGAGGUUCAGGCACCAGUGCCAAAAUUGGCUCUGAUGGUACCAUUGGUGUUGGCGCUGGAGCUGUUGGAGCAGGUGCAAGUGGAACCAGCAUGAGUGGUGGCACUGGUGCAAGUGGAACCAGCAUGAGUGGUGGCGCUGGUGCAAGUGGAACCAGCAUGAGUGGUGCCAGCACAGGUGGAACCAGCAUAAGUGGUGGCGCCAGCAGAGGUGGAACCAGUGUUAGUGGCAGCGCUGGUGCAGGGGGAACCAGCGUAAGUGGUGGCAGCGCAGGUGGAACCAGCACAAGUGGUGGCGCCAGCAGAGGUGGAACCAGUGUUAGUGGUGGCACUGGCGCAGUUGGAACCAGCAUAAGUGGUGCCAGUGGUGGUGGAACCAGCCUUACCGGCACUAGCAGCAAAUACACCUACAGCAGUGUCGAUGGAACCAGCUUCACCAGCAGCACUAGCUCUGGAAGGACCAUCUUCAUUGGUGGCACUGGGCAGGGCAGCAGUGUGGAUGGAGUGCACAUCGAUGCUGCUGCUUUUCAGGCGAUUAUUCAGCACCAACUCAGAAAUGAAAUGCAGUCAGAGGCGUUCAGAGCUCUUCUGUCAGCUUCAGCGAAGGGAGAGAGAGGAAUGCCUGGGCCUAAAGGGGAUCCUGGAAUUAAAGGAGAGGCUGGUUACCCUGGUGCUCCUGGUUUACUCGGUCACACUGGUCCUCCAGGUCCUAAAGGACAGAAGGGCAAUAUGGGUGACGAUGGACUGGAGGGCCCACAAGGUCUCCGGGGCCGUGACGGCAUAGCAGGCCCCAGAGGUGAACCAGGACCUCCAGGCUUUGGAGCAAAAGGUGACAAAGGUGCUCCUGGAGAUCCUGGCAUUAUGGGACCUCCUGGACCAAAAGGUGCUCUUGGACUCUUUGGGCCUCAAGGUCAACCAGGCCCUCAAGGUUUCCGUGGUGAGGCAGGUCCACCUGGACCUAAAGGUGACCUUGGUGACAAAGGUCUGAGAGGUCCACCAGGUGAGCCUGGUUUACCAGGAAUGCCAGGGCUUCAUGGAUCCAAAGGCUCAAUGGGGCCUCCUGGACAUGAUGGAGCAAAAGGAUCGAGAGGUGACCAAGGGCCUUCUGGGCCCCCUGGAAUCAGGGGUCCUACUGGGCCUCCUGGAGAUGCUGGUUUACCAGGAGUUCCUGGGCUUCAAGGACCACCAGGUGAACCAGGUGGACCCGGAAGAUUCAUUAGUGCAGCUGGCUCUAGCACUGUGGGUAUCCCUGGACCCCCUGGGCCAGCUGGUCCUCCUGGCCCUCCAGGAGUUCCAGGAUUAUCAGGUCCUAUUGGUCCAGCCGGUCUGCCUGGCCCUGCUGGUCCUAAAGGUGACAGAGGAUAUAAGGGAGAUCAAGGAGACCCAGGAAUAACUGUGAGAACAUCUGAAACAAUAAGCUCAUCGCAGGCAGAGCGGCAGUAUGGUUCUGCUAGCACCACAGGACUUCCUGGCCCUCCUGGACCACCAGGUCCACCUGGACGUCCUGGGGAUUCACGUCAAGGACCUCCUGGGCCUCCAGGUCCACCGGGCUAUGGCAGGCCAGGACCCAAAGGGGAGAAAGGAGACGCUGGAACGUUUGUAUCUUCUGGAGCAGUCUAUGCUGGACCACCAGGACCACCUGGGCCGGCUGGACCAAAGGGAUCCACAGGUUCUCCUGGACCAAGGGGUUACCAAGGUGAACCAGGUCAGCCAGGAAGACCAGGAAGUUCUGAGAGAGUAACUACUUAUGGUGAGGGACGCGUGUUACAAGGACCUCCAGGGCCACCUGGACCUCCUGGACAUCCAGGUCCACAAGGACCUAAAGGGGAUACUGGGGCUCCUGGUAUUUCUGGUUCUUCAAGAGGCUCCAUCUCCGUCACCUCAGGGCCUCCUGGUCCCCCAGGUCCUCCUGGCCCCCCAGGCUCCUUCUCUUCUUCAUCUGAGAUGCGACAGUACCUCUCUGACUAUUUAAGUCGAAGCAGACAGUCUGGCCUUCCUGGGCCUCCAGGUCCACCGGGGCCUCCAGGAAUUCCUGGAACCUACUCAGGAUCUUUGGAGGAUCUCUCUACUCGGAUCAUUGCCUACCUGCAGCGUUCAGGAUCAGCCUCAGGACUUAACAUUGGUGUUCAGGGUCCACCAGGACCACCUGGCCCUCCUGGCCCCAGCUCUGGAUCGCUAUCGAUCAGCAGUCUCAUCGCUAUGCUGCAGAGAGAUGAUGUGAGGAGAUAUGUCACAGGCCCACCAGGACCACAAGGACCACCAGGGCCACCAGGGGCAUCAGGACGAACUUUAGAAAGUUAUAGUGUAGAGCAAGUUGCCACAUAUGUCUUCCAAAUGAUGAAUGAGAAAGGGAUUUCUCAAGGUCAGCCAGGUCCACCCGGCCCUCGUGGGCUUCCAGGUCCACCAGGUUCUGGUUUCUCAACCGCAGCUAUCGACUAUUCUGUAUUGAUGAGAAAUUCAGAUUUCCGCUCAUGGAUUACCUCUACUGUGCAGCAAGGUCGUGCUGGUCCUCCUGGUGUUCCAGGUCUGCCUGGCCCUCCUGGCCCCCAGGGGCCGCCAGGAGUAACCACUUCCACUGUGUAUGGCUCAGGAGGUCGUGGGUACAGUUUGGAGGAGAUUCAGAGACACUUGCAGAGUUCUGGCUUCAGAGGUCUGCCUGGUCCUCCUGGUCCUCCAGGCCCACAGGGACCACCAGGCAGUUACAGCGGAUCAGUUUCCUACAGUGGAAACUUCCCUCGGGAGACAGUCCGUAUUGCGCUGCAGGAGUAUCUGAACAGUGACAGUGUCCGCAGUGCCCUGAUUGGUCCUCCAGGACCUCAAGGACUCCAAGGGCCAAGGGGUCAAAAAGGCGAUCGUGGUGACCCAGGUUACAUCCAGGGCUCCAGGCAGAGCCAGAGCUACUCUCAGGGUGAGUCUCGUGCUGACCGCUAUGAGAUUGAUGUCAACAAACUGACGGAGACAAUGGACUACUCCAACGUCGCCAUGAAAGUUACAGACUACAUCAAGAACCAAGGCCUGCUGCAGGACUAUCUGGUUGAUGGCCCAUGGAGGACACAUGUGAGGGCGAUUCAAGGACCUGCCGGUCCACCAGGACCUCCCGGACCACCUGGCUACAGCCGCGUCUUUGCAGCCUACAGCAACCUCACAGCUGACCUCAUGGACUUCUUCAGAACCUAUGGCACCAUCCCUGGCCCUCCAGGAAUACCUGGUCAAAAAGGAGAAAGAGGCUACCCAGGACCCAAAGGAGAAAAGGGUGAUCCUGGACAAUCCGGUUUGCCAGGACUACCAGGGACAUACACUGCUCAAAUUCCACACAGAGUGCAGAAGAGAGAUACAGGCAGCAAAGCGGUUGAAGCUCAUAAACGGCAUCGGCGUCACGUCAACGUUGGCUGAACAUGCAACGGUUUAUUUUACUACUGGUUCAUGUUAGAUUUCAUUUCACUUUUUUCACUUUUGUUUUGUUCGGCGAUAAACUGCAGCAGUGCAAGUAGUUGAAAAUGCUUUUUUUUAUUCUUGCCAAUGUGGGAAAGUUAAGACAAUAAAAGCGGCAAAAGAAAAAAGAAGCAAGACAUUCUAUAGAAAUGGGUGAUUUAGCUGCUGGUCAGUGUUUUGCAACACAGACAAUUAUAACGUGGGUGUAAAAAGUUUACUUUGCUUCAUUAGAAGGUUGCAUUUCCACUUUUUCCAGGGACUUUGUGAGAAAGAUGUAUUUUUAAGCAAUAAGCAGUGAUUGCUGGUAUUUUAAAUGCACUUUGCAUCUUUUUACACACAGCUUGUUUGUGUGGAGUGUCUGAUGUACGUUUUGUACUUAACGUUUGAGGAUUAUAUUGUAUUGCUUACUAUAAAAGUGUUAAAUAUUGUUGAUGGAUCAACGUAACCAAAGUUUAAUGAAAGGCCAAAUUUUCCACUUGAUCCAACUCCUUCAAACACUGCAGUGUUUUUGAAUAUAUUUUUUAAAAAGUAGAUAGUUUGAAGUAAGCACUAUCUGAAACUGAUAAUAAUCUGAUCCUAGAGUCAUUUGUGCAGAAGAGAAUGACUGAUGCUAUGGUUAUGUUUUUAAAUGAAGUUGGGUAUUUCGAUAAAGAUUUACUUGAAAGGUUUUCACAAAAUAAAUCAAUCAUAUUGUUGGCAGAGUUGCA